CUGCAAUUGAUAGUGAAUUUGAGAAAGUAGCUAACGAAGCACUACUAAAAACAUUAAAAAUAAGCGGUGGUAGUGGAAAAGAUUUUUUUGAAGAAUUAUUUCCUAAAGUUGAUGUUAGUGCACAAUUUACUAGUGACUUCAUUCCUAUUCUAAAAGAGCAGCUAUCAAAUAUUAAUAAAAAUUUACAAAUAAUGACUUUAGAUAUAACUUCUAAGCUUGCUACUGCAAUAGGAAAGUUAUUUGACAGACAUAUUAAAAUAUUAGUAGCAUCAAUCAUUAUUAUUCUUACAGAUAAAAAAACAAUAUUCUGUGAUAGUGCUAUUGGAAUCUUGAAUGCUUUAGCGAAUGCUUAUAGGCUCAAUCCUUUAAUUAGUUCAUUUUCAAUAAGUCUUGCAAUAGAUAAUCCUUUAUUAAGAAAAGAUUUAUUGAGUUAG